AUGAUGACAUCUAGCCUGAAUCGGUUAUCAAAUGUCCUUCCACAGGCAAAUCAACAAGGUGCUGAUAAGAAAGGCAGUCCGAGAGUAACCACACCGAAACAAUCACUUCGAGAAAAGGAAACGCGGACAGGAGGCGCAGUAUCUGUGGUUUUCAAAGAUCAAGUGAUUGAAACUACUGAUUCGGUGCCAUCGAGUUCCAAGACGAAAGCUGCCGCGAACAAUCUGAACAAAAGUGACUCCGGUGUUGUCCAAUUCAGGCUGAGCAAACAGUUAGAUUUCGAUAGACCGGAACCAACUUUACCACUACCCAACGGGUGGAUGACUAUGAAACGACGUGGAUGUCUUAUUUACAGUCCUUCGCUAGAAAUUCAAGAAAUGGUUUUUUCGCAUUUACUACUUGUGUUAAAUGCUACUGUUCAAUUGCAAAUCACUCUCGAUGUAGACAAUACCCUCACUCCUAAUCACGUUCUAAUCGCGUUCCAACUCUCAGCGAUCUCCAAAGACGCCAAGAUGACCUAUAUCGUUAUUGGUGAGAACAAAACGGAGAUAGCGUGGUCCCAUACAAAUGGAUCAGCAAUCCUAAAUACGGAACUACCACCGGGAACAUACAAAGUGGUACCGAUUUACAGUGGAACCUGUCUGAAUCGGAGCCUCACACCUCGCGGAAAAUCAAAAACCCAACUGGUCAGAAGCGAUCCAGACCAGGGAUUUACGCUGACCGCUAAAGCUAGGGAAGCAAUUCAGCUAUUAUUUCAAAUUUACGAUGCUGAUAUGAACCAGCUGUGGAGUGGAGAAGAAUUUCGUCGAUUUGCCAAACAGACGUAUCAGCGCGCUGACGUUGAUGAAGUGUGGGACGCUGUUCGAGAGUUCUGUACCCUAAAGAACGAUCAGCUUCCCUUGGAUGAACUGGCGGAGUUGUUUAUUCGAGAAAUACAGGAAGACAAUGGGAAUCCUGACUGUUUGUGGAAUGCUCUGGAAAGGUCAGGAGUGAAUGAAAACCUCCAGUUUACUGGAGGUUUGUCUGUUCUGUUCAAUGUGAGCGUUGCCCAGAAGCAGCAAAACGAUGUCAAACUCAAAAUGAUGGAUUUGAACAGCUACAAGGGUCUUCAGACGGAACCAAAAGUUGCUGACUGGGCUUUGAGCAAAGUACGUUUCCUCUCGUAA